CAUCGAUGUCACCAACUGUGGUGUUGAUUUCUCCUCAUCAACCAUGCCAGGACUCAACCCAAAGCAGGCACCAGACAUUGACCAGUUCGUGGCCAUCACCCAGGCGUCGCCGGCCGACGCUGCGCGCUUCCUCGGAGAAGGUGUUACGCUUGAGGGCGCCAUUGAAGACUACUUUGCCGCGCAGGCCGCUGGAGACGCGCCAACUGAGGACGCGGACGAAGAUAUGCUCGACGCCGCACUGGCCGCGUCAACUGAGCCCGCUGGUGGGGCGCGCACCCUCUCCGGAGCGCCUGCCGAGGAGUUGCCAGAGUCUUGGCGCCGCCGCGAGGCGAAUAUUGCCGGCGUGCUCGACGACGAGAACAGACGGGAGGGCAACGAACUGUACACAGGAGGCGAGCGCAGUGGCCUGGCCGUGCAAAACCCUAACAGCGGGAACCGCGACGUCGGCAUCGUGAACGACAUUCUGCAGCAGGCACGCGAGGGUGGGCGUGAAGAGGAUCCCGCUCCACGGGCACAGAAUCCAUGGGCACGCGUUGGUGCUGGGCACACUCUCGGGUCGGAGGACACGCCGUCUGCACCGGUCGGCGGCUCAGCCGGAGGCGCGAGAAUGCCCGGCGCGUUCGGCGACGACGAGGACGAGGACGAGGACGAUGAGGGGGAUGAGCAAGUCGAGCGCCGUCUCACUUUCUGGCGUGACGGCUUCAGCAUCGAGGAUGGCCCUUUGCACCGCUACGACGACCCUCGCAGCCAGGAAAUCCUGAACAUGAUCCGCGCAGGUCGCGCGCCGCUCGAGCUCUUCGACUUGCGUUUCAACCAGGCGCUCAAGAUCGAGGUCGACCAACGUGUAGAUGAAGACUACCAGGAGCCAGCCAGGAAGCCCGCCAAGCCCUUCUCUGGCGGCGGCAAUCGCCUCGGCUCCGCGACCCCCGAGGUGGCAGGUGCUGGCUCGGCCCCAGCUGCGGCGGUGGCCCCCGCUGCGCCUCCUGCGGCCAAGGCUGAGAUCAAGGUUGAUGAGAGCAAGCCGUCUACCACGAUCCAACUGCGCCUCGGGGACGGUACCCGCCUUGUCGUCAAGGUCAACCUCGACCACACUGUGGCUGAUCUGCGCGGGCUGGCUUCGUCUGCGCGUUCCGACAGCCGCGCCUUCGUUCUUCAGACUACCUUCCCCAAUCGCGAGCUGUCCGACAAUGAGACAAUCGAGCAGGCUGGCCUCAAAAAUGCUGUAGUUGUCCAGCGCUAUGUUUAAGCGCACCUUGGCAAUCACUCAAGUCCAUUGUACUAUAGUUGGAGACUAGAUCAGCAUGUGACAAGAAUGGCCGGGAAAGGCAC